AUGGUGUCGUCAGAUCAUCGACAUCGACCGACACUGAAGCAGUCCAACAAGGGGUUCAAAUCCAAGCAUGCCUCAAAAGGCUCUCUCAAGACUGCUGCAAAAGGUAAAAUGGGUGGAUCUUCUCAUUCCGGCAAGAACACCAAAAAUCUCGCAUCCAGCUCCAAAAAGGCUAGACUAAACGCGAACACUCAAAAACGAGAUCUGAAGAGGAAAUCUGUUGUAGAAGAUAUGAAAUUCUUUUCGACCAGCAGCGGAGGAGGACAAGUCCCUCGUAUCGUCUCCCUCGUUCCCCUAUUACCCUCCUUGUCACCUCGCACUUUCCUUGCUAAUCUACUUCCAUCUCUUGGCUUGCCCGAGUCUGAACUUGAGGAGAUCUCUUCCACGAUCACUGACAGAGGAACAUAUCUUAUCAGAGCACCACGAUUCAAGACAACCUUGCAAGUCAAUCUGUUGCCACCUCUCUCCCUUUAUCCUACGCUCGAUGCCGCAUUGAUCAGUGAUUAUGUAGUGCUUUUACUGAGCAGUGUCGAUGAGGUACAACUUGAAGGAGAAGCUAUAUUGAGGAGUUUACAAGGUCAAGCUGGUGGUGUAGAGAUGAUAGCUUGUGUUCAGGCUCCCUCGACUAACCCUAUAAAAGCUGAUACACGUCAACUGAUACAUAAAUCCCUUCUUUCAUUCACCAAAUACUUCUUCCCAUCAGUCCCUAAAAUCCACUCAUCGGACUCUCCCAACGAAUCCGCUUUACUGGCUCGAGCUUUCUGUGAAGCAGCACCUGGAGGUACGAAGAGUGAAGAGGGCCGAGCGUUCAUCGUGGCGGAAGGAUCUGAAGCUCUUCGAUGGACCGGAAGUGGUGUGCAAGGAGAAGAUGGUGUAGAGAAGGGACGAUUGGAGAUCAUUGGAACAGUCAGAGGAGGUGCAUUGAGUGCGGACAGAUUAGUACACUUACCAGGGCGAGGAGAUUUCCAGGUUGAAGCGAUCCUCCCCGCACCGCCAUCCUCUUUAGCUCUUGCAAAGCGAGCCCAUCAAUCCAUGUCUGUGGAUACCGCCUCCGAACCCCUUUCCAUACCCACGGAGAACGCCGACGACUUGAUUGCUACCAAUACUCCCGAUUUAAUGGCCAACGAACAGACAUGGCCCACAGAAGAGGAAAUGGGAGGAUCUGAGGCUGCGGCAGAAAGCUCCACCGGAGAAAAGAGGCGUACAAAACGAGUACCCAAGGGUACCAGUGCUUAUCAAGCUGCCUGGAUUUUCGAAGAUGAAGAUGAGGACGACGAAGAUGAUGAGGAUGAGGAAGGAGAUAUGGAUGUGUCAGGGGAUGAACACGUUGCAGACGAUUCUGGCAGGGAGGUUUAUGAUGAUGGAGAAGUCGAAGAAACAGAGGAAAUUGAGCUUGAUGAGAGGAGGGAAGAGGCUCAUAACGACCUUGAUGAGGAGCAGGAGGAGGAACAAUACGAGGCAUAUCUGCGCCAAAGGGAAAAAGCUCAACGAGAUGAUGUGAUGUUCCCCGAUGAGAUUGAUACUCCUCGACACAUUCCCGCUAGAACACGUUUCCAGAGGUAUAGAGGAUUGAAGAGUUUCAGAACUUCGCCUUGGGAUCCAUACGAGAAUCUUCCUGUAGAUUACGCAAAAAUCUUCCAGUUUGAAAACUACGGAGGAACGAAAAAGCGAAUCGAACGGGAUGGUGCUGAGGAGGGCGUCAAGGCUGGAACGAGAGUAAUACUGGUUCUUAAAGACGUCCCGCGAUCGGUCGUGGACGAGAGAGAUAACGCAUUACCAUUUAUCGUCCACGGGCUUCUGCAACAUGAACACAAACAAUCUGUCCUGCACUUUGUUGUGCAGAGAAAUACCGAGUACACAGAACCGGUCAAAGCAAAGGAACCUCUUGUGCUCUGUGUCGGACCACGACGAUACGUCAUCCGUCCAUUAUACUCUCAGCACGUCCGUGGAGGAGGUAAAGGGGUGAACAACGUACACAAAUCAGAGAAAUUCCUGAGACCAGGUGUCGCUACUGUAGCUACUACAUUUGGCCCAAUCUGUUUCGGUAAAACCGCUUGCAUAUUGUUAAAAGACGAAGGAGCAGAUCAAGUCGCAAUGGGAUCAUUCCUCUCCCCAGACCCAACACGUAUCAUCUCAAAGAGAAUAAUCUUGACUGGUCAUCCAUUCAAAGUACACAAGAAAACAGCCACUAUGCGAUACAUGUUCUUCAACAGGGAAGAUAUCGAUUACUUCAAAUCCGUCGAAUUGCAUACUAAAUUCGGCAAAAUCGGUCACAUAAAAGAACCCUUAGGUACUCAUGGUUAUUUCAAGGCUCACUUCGAUGCUCCGAUACAACAAAUGGAUACCGUCUGUAUGAGCUUGUAUAAGAGGCAGUACCCAAAGUGGUCGGAAGAAUUCAAACCGCCUCCUGUGGUGGCUUCUGGCAGGAAGGAAGAGGAGGAGAUGGAUGUAGAAUAG